UGUAGAGAGCCCUGGUUGCGUAGUGGUUAAGAGGAGCAGCUGCUAACCAAAGGGUUGGCAGUUCAAACCCACCAGCAGCUUCUUGGAAAUCCUGUGGGGCAGUUCUACUCUGUCCUAAAUGGUCACUACGAGUCACAGUCAGCUCGAACGCAAUGGGUUAUAUCCCAAUUAAGAGCUGAAAAUAGAAUUUAAUUAACUUUACAGUUACUUUUCAGUUGCCACCAGUGUUCUUCAUGCCAAUACCAUCUUUCUAUUGAGUCAGAAGCUUUAGUAACACAUUAAAAUUUUGUGAAAUUCAAAAUGCUUUUCCACAUGUUUGCUCGUAACACAGAAGCAUAACUAACAAUGUAAAAAUUUUGAGACAAUCUAGUCAUGCUCUUAAUAUUAUAAAUGAGGAAAUUUAGGUUUGGGAAAAAAAUCAUAUUUAUCCAAGACACAGCUAUAGGAAUGCUUCCAGCCGAUGUUAAUACAUGCCAAAUAUGCCUGUAUCCAUAAUAAUACACUUUCCUUUUUCACACUAGAUUUCAGGAAAAAAGAAUUGACAAAUGGCUGCAGAGAAUUUGACAGUUAUUACUGAGUUUAUUCUUUUGGGACUGACGGAUCAGGCUGUAUUGAAAAUUGUGCUUUUUGUGUUGUUCCUGGUGAUUUAUGCCAUUACCUUGGUGGGGAAUCUGGGCAUGAUCUUCUUAAUCCACGUCACUCCCAAGCUCCACACACCCAUGUAUUUUUUCCUCAGUUGCCUUUCAUUUGUAGAUGCCUGUAAUUCAUCAGUUAUUGCACCUAAAAUGCUGAUCAACUUCUUGGUUGUGAGGGAAACCAUUUCGUUCUCCGCCUGUAUAGUGCAGCAUUUGUUUUUGGGGGCGUUCAUUACCUCAGAAGGAUUCUUACUUUCAGUGAUGGCCUAUGACCGUCAUGUGGCCAUUGCGAAUCCUUUGCUUUAUACAACAGCCAUGUCUAAGAGAAAGUGUGUAGGGUUGGUCGUUGGGUCUUGCACUGGUGGGAUGAUUAACUCAUUGAUACAUACAACAAGUUUGGGGAGACUGUCUUUCUGUGGACCAAAUGUUGUCAGUCACUUCUUCUGUGAUGCUCUCACACUGCUAAAGCUGUUGUGUUCUGAUACCUCCAUGAAUGAGUUGCUGCUGUUAAUCUUCUCUGGAGUCAUUGCCAUGACCACCUUCUUGAUUGUGAUCGUUUCCUACAUGUUCAUCCUUGUUGCUAUACUGAGGAUCUGCUCAGCAUCAGGCAGACGGAAAGCCUUCUCCACUUGUGCCUCUCACCUGACUGCUGUGACCAUAUUCUAUGGUACCUUGAGCUUUAAUUACAUUCAGCCAAGCUCCCAGUAUUCUACAGAACAAGAGAAGAUAGUUUCUGUGUUCUAUACACUAGUGAUUCCCAUGUUAAACCCAUUGAUUUAUAGUCUGAGAAACAAGGAGGUGAAAGAUGCUGUGAAAAGAGCCAUAAAAAUGAAAUACUGCCCCUGUUAA